UGGAGGUGAGAAAAAGAAGAAAUGUGGGAAGAGAAGGAAAUCUGGUAUCAAGAAGAGGGUCUCUUUUCAUUCUUCUGAUCCAUCAUUGGAUAAAGCUGACAAGAAUCCAUCUUUCACCAAUCCUAUAAUCCAUGUCUGCACCUGAAAGAUGAAUAAUGCUGGGUUCCCAACUAAGCCCCUUGUUGUAUGUGAUGAUGCUGAUAUCAGGAAGUGCUGAGGAGACAUGGUUUGAUUCUGCUGCAGUGUUUGAAUCUGACUGCAGUGAUGAAGAAUUCCAGAGUGUAACUGAUGAUGUUCACUCUCUCAGCGGCUCUGAAGCCGAACAUGCGCACAAACCCGAGUAUUCACCGAAAGAUUCUGAGGUGAAGCCGGUGUUCCUUGAUGAAAUAUCUCCCUGCAUAGAUGAAUGCAGUGGCAGGGAUGAAGAUUUGUUAAACAAUUGUGGAAUUCUCCCAAACAACUGUUUGCCCUGUCUUGCAUCUGCUAUCCCUCAUGUCGAGAAGAGAAGAUCCUUCAGCUCCAGCCCUCCAAAUUCAAGGAAAAAGAAUGCGUUAAAACUGUCCUUCAAAUGGAAAGAAGGAAAUUCUAAUGCAAUUUUACUUUCAUCGAAGUCACUUCUGCAAAGACCAAUAGCUGGCUCCCAAGUACCAUUUUGUCCCUUAGAAAAACGAGUGUCAGACAGCUGGUCACGCAUUGAAGCAGCUACUUUCAAAGUUCGAGCGGAGAACUAUUUUCGGGAUAAAAAGAAGGAUUUUGCUCCCAAAAACGCAGCGUAUUACCCCUUUGGUGUUGAUGUAUUUUUAUGUCCUAGGAAAAUAAAUCAUAUAUCUCAGCUUGUGGAACUUCCGGUUAUAGAAUCUUCUGGGAUGCUUCCGCCUAUUCUUGUCGUGAAUAUUCAGGUACCGCUGUAUCCAGCCACAAUUUUUCAAAACGAAACUGAUGGCGAAGGAAUCAGUUUCGUGUUGUAUUUCAAGCUUUCCGAAACUUAUGCUAAAGAACUUCCGUCCCAUUUUCAAGAGAGUAUAAGACGCCUAAUUGAGAACGACACGGAAAAGGUAAAGGCGUUUCCUGUUGACAAUACUGUGCCCUUUCGGGAACGGUUGAAGAUAUUAGGUCGUGUAGCGAACGUGGAACAUCUGCCGUUGAGUGCAGCCGAGAGGAAGCUCAUGCAUGCCUACAAUGAAAAGCCUGUCCUUUCGCGGCCUCAGCACGAGUUCUACACAGGAGAGAACUAUUUCGAGAUCGAUUUAGAUAUGCACAGAUUCAGUUACAUCUCUAGGAAGGGAUUUGAAGCAUUCUUAGAUAGGCUAAAGCUUUGCAUCUUGGAUUUUGGGCUCACAAUUCAGGGUAACAAAUCUGAAGAAUUGCCAGAGCAGAUGUUAUGUUGUGUGAGACUGAAUGAAAUUGAUUAUGUAAAUUAUCAGCAGCUAGGGCCUAGGGUUGACCCUAAUUAUGUAAACUGAAAAUUAGAUCAUAGAGAAAUGAUAAAUAAAUGUAGUUUUUUGGGAGCAAAUUUUACUCUUUUUUUUUUUUAGUACUAUUGACUUUGUUACAA